GCAUCUCCCAUGAUGAAUAUAGAGGAAAUUCUACCGGAGCUGUUUGGCGAGAAACGUGUAUAUUAUUGUCAGAGAUGUCUCAACCACGGGCUCCGCGAGAAACGCAAGAAUCACAAGCUGUCGUGUACAUUUCGGUUUUGUCAGUGCUCGAAUUGUAUUAUGGUGGAACGACGUCGUCAACUCAACUCACGCCUUAUGCAAAUCGAUGGAAGCCGCGACGAGAAGCCGAUGACAACGUUAACGAUGGCGUUGACAUGUUCGGAAGAGGAUCAGAUGGAGUGUACAAGUCAGUCGGAGACCACAAAUGAGAGUAGCGGAGAGGAUAAAGAUGACGGGAAACCGAAAGAACGCCGUCCAAACUGCCAGCGAUGUGCCCAGCACAGUGUGGUGAACCGCCUGAAAGGACACAAAAGAGCAUGUCCCUUCCGGGACUGUUUCUGUGCAAAGUGUCAAGUAGUUGUGGAGCGUCAGAAGUUGAUGGCUGAUCAGAUUAAGCUACGAAGACGUCAGAAGCGAGAAAAGAACAAUUUGAAUUCGGAAAGAGAGGCUCCGAUUGCUCAUAGUAUGACUCCGUCGCCGAUAGAUACAGUAACCACCACCACUACACCAACAUCCGAAACCUCCACCCCAAUGUGUCUGAAGUGUGCCCAACAAGUGAUCGGCUACCAGCAGCUUCUAUCCCUCCUGGACCCCUCCGCCACCCUCCAGGACCCCAUGAUUACCCUUUCAGCCGUAUUGUCGGCUUGUCCCCAUAAAAAUGAGUAAAAACUCUAAAAUAGUUUGAAUUUUUAAAUUAAAAAAAAAUUCCGAAAAAAAAUUUUUUUUGUUGUAAUUUUUCGAAAAAAAAAAUUUUUUUUUGACUGAAAAUUUUUUUUUCUCAGAAAUUUUCCCAAACGUUACCAUAUUGAUUUUCUCGGUGAUUUGAUCACUUUAAAUCCUUAAAAUGUAUUCAUUUUGCAGCAAACUGCACAAUUUUAACGUGUUCCCCACCCCGUCUCCCAAAAAAAAUUUCCCUCAAAAAUCGAUAAUGUUUUAUUUAUUAUUCAUGUCCCUUUAAUAUUGCAUUUUGCAAAUUUCAAAAAUUUGCCAUUUUUUUACCAUUUUUAAUUGUCCAAACACUUUUUUUUCCAAAAAAACCCAGAAUAUUUCAAAAAUCUCUGGAAUUAGGUUUUAGUGCUCAGAAUCUCGCUCUUUUAUGUAUUUUUUUCACAAAAAUUGAUUUUUUCAAAGAAAAAACUUCAAAAUCCUUAUUUACUUAUUGAUGUUUAUGUGAAUUUUUCAAAAAAAUAAAAAUUUUAAUUU